AUGUUCGUCGCGCCUCUCGCCGCCGCUCGGAGUCCCUCGGCUCUCUCCGGAAGCUGUCGGCGAUCCUUCGGCUACCUCCGGAAAUGCUCGGCCUCCCUCGGCUCUCUCCGGAAACUGUCGGCGAUCCUUCGGCUACCUCCGGAAAUCUGUCGGCGAUCCUUCGGCUACCUCCGGAAAUGCUCGGCCUCCCUCGGCUCUCUCCGGAAGCUGUCGGCGAGCCUUCGGCUACCUCCGGAAAUGCUCGGCCUUCCUCGGCUCUGCCUACCGCUCCGCCUCCGACACUUCCGGCCCGCGGAAACACAGACUGGGAUUCGCCUUCCAGCGGAGGCUCUGAGUCCACGCACCCUGGGCCACCGCCCGCCCGCCGUGCCUCUGUGUGCCGCUGUGUCUCUGCUGGGGGGCCUGACCUUCGGUUACAAACUGGCUGUCAUCUCGGGUGCCUUGCUGCCACUGCAGCUGGACUUUGGGCUGAGCUGCUUGGAGCAGGAGCUCCUGGUGGGCAGCCUGCACCUGGGGGCCCUCCUCGCCUCCCUCGUGGGGGGCGUCCUCAUCGACCGCUAUGGCAGGAAAGAAGCCAUCCUGGGGAGCAACCUGGUGCUCUUAGCAGGCAGCCUGAGCCUGGGCCUGGCCGACUCCCUGGCCUGGCUGGUCCUGGGCCGCUCUGUGGCUGGCUUUGGCAUCUCUCUCUCCUCCAUGGCCUGCUGUAUUUACGUGUCUGAGCUGGUGGGCCCUCGGCAGCGGGGAGUGCUGGUGUCCCUCUACGAAACAGGCAUCACCGUGGGCAUCCUGUUGUCCUACGCCACCAACUACGCGCUGGCCGGUGUGCCCUGGGGAUGGAGGCAUAUGUUUGGCUGGGCCGCCGCGCCCGCCCUCCUGCAGUCCCUCAGCCUUCUCUUCCUACCCUCGGCUGCGCCAGAGGCUGCGGCUGCCCACAAGGACCUCAUUCCCCUCCGGGGAGGUGAGUCCACCAAGCUGGGUGCGAGCAGGCCCGGGUAUACCUUUCUGGACCUCUUCAGGGCGCGGGACAACAUGCGAGGGCGGACGGCCGUGGGACUGGGGCUGGUGCUCUUGCAGCAGCUGACGGGGCAACCCAACGUGCUGUGCUACGCGUCCACCAUCUUCCGCUCGGUGGGCUUCCGCGGGGGUUCCUCAGCGGUGCUGGCCUCCGUGGGGCUGGGAGCGGUGAAGGUGGCAGCCACCCUGACCGCCAUGGGGCUGGUGGACCACGCAGGGCGCAGGGCCCUGCUGCUCGCCGGCUGUGCGCUCAUGGCCCUGGCUGUCAGCGGCAUAGGCCUCGUCUGCUUUGCCAUGCCCAUGGACUUGGGGCCAAGCUGCCUGCCUGGACCCAAUGCCACCACACCAUCCGGGGACCCCAGCCUGUCGCUGGGCUCCCCUCCACCUCUGUUGCCAAGAACCUCCCAGAACCCAAGGGAACCCGUCCUGCCAACCGCCCAGGAAACCAAGCCCCGCCCUAGAGCGGGAGCCCCCGCGACCGCUCCCCUGCGGAGCCCAAGCCCCACCUCCCCCGUGCGCCCCGCUCCCGCGCCUGGGCAGGCCCUGCUGCACUGGACCACGCUCAUCUGCUUGAUGGUCUUUGUCAGCGCCUUCUCCUUCGGAUUUGGACCAGUGACCUGGCUUGUCCUCAGCGAGAUCUACCCCACAGAGAUCCGAGGGAGAGCCUUCGCCUUCUGCAACAGCUUCAACUGGGCCACCAACCUCUUCAUCAGCCUGUCCUUCCUAGACCUCAUCAGUGCCAUUGGCUUGUCCUUCACCUUCCUGCUCUACGGACUGACAGCUGUCCUCGGCCUGGGCUUCAUCUAUUUCUUCGUCCCCGAAACAAAGGGCCAGUCCUUGGCAGAGAUAGAUCGGCAGUUCCAGAAGACACGGUUCACCCUACGCUUUGGCUGUGGACAGAGCUCAGCCAGCAUCCACUACCGCCGCAUCGAUGUCCCCAUGGCCUCCUGAGGUCUCCGCCUGCCCGGAGCUGCUGGAGCCAUGUCUCCAGUUUCCCCCUUGCCUGGGCCCCAGGCUUAAGUGAUCCUUCUGGACUCUCCUAUGCCCCAAAGGAGGUCUUUCUUUCCUCCCACCUCUUCCCUCCCUCCUUUCCUGCCUCCCUUUCUUUGCUGGAGCAAAAGUGUGAGAACCCACAUCUCUUCAAGCCUUGUGGGCUUCAUUGGCGUGGAGCAUCUCUGCCGUCCAGGUGAGGACAUUUCUUGCCGUCUCCUCUGCACCAUGCACUUUGCCAGAGAGCUCUAGGCUACCAAUAUGAGCAGGAGCUCUCCCAGCACCCACUGCUAUCUGGUUGCUGUGCUGUGACUCAGCAUUUCCUGGGGCAGAGAAGAGCUGGCCCUGCGUUUUUGUGACAGCCAUCCUCACAGAAGCAGGGAGAAGACCACACCUCAAGGCAUGGUGGCUUGGUUUGGUUGAUUUUCAAGACUCUGAGAAGUGAUGGGUAAAGUGUUCGACAUGCAAAGGACAUUUCAACAUGUGCCAUGCCGAGCUGUCAUAUUGUGAACACCAUGUGCACACGCGCACACACAACACACUACACGUUGAGGCAGG